GCAGGAAUGUGGAAACCGAAGUCCAGUCAGUCAGAGCCGCACGUUUCUGCACCGCACCGGAGUGAAUAAUUGAUCAGUGCCUCGCUUUAAAUGCACUGAUGAGGAGGAAGUGAUUUGUGAGCGGAGAUCCUGCAGUGACUUUUUGUUAGGAUUAUUUUUUCACAUUCUCAGGUCGAAGGUAUUGCUUCUUUUUUUUUUUUUUUUUUUUUUUUACUCUGUGUUUUCCUCGACUGAAGGAGAAAAGUUUGCUUUGAGAGCCAACACAGCUGGAGUCCGCGGAUGGAAAUACCCUCUGAGUGCACACCGAGCGCACCUCUCCCAACAUGGACCCGGAGUCACUGACAAGGUGAAGACUGCUGGUGUUAAAUGCUCACUGCGAGGCUUCCUGCAACACAGCAACUGCUCGUAUAACUGCUGUUAGUUCAGUGACUGUGCGAACCGUUCUCCAGGCUGUUUACUAUGGCGUCUAGUCUGACAUGUACGGGUGUUAUCUGGGCCCUGCUGUCCCUGCUGUGCGCCGCUGCUUCCUGCGUUGGCUUCUUCAUGCCCUAUUGGCUGCUGGGAACGCAGAUGGACAAGCCAGUGUCCUUUGGCACGUUUCGCCGCUGCUCCUACCCGGUGAGGGACGAGGAGAGGCAGGCCACGGUGAUGCUGGAGCAGUGCGGCCGCUACGCCUCCUUCCACGGCAUCCCGAGUCUGGAGUGGAGGAUCUGCACCGUGGUGACGGGCGUGGGAUGUGGCCUCCUCCUGCUGGUGGCGCUCACAGCUCUCAUGGGCUGCUGCAUCUCCGACCUCAUCUCGCGUACCAUCGGUCGCGUGGCCGGCGGCAUCCAGUUUGUCGGAGGUCUGCUCAUUGGAUCGGGCUGCGCUCUCUAUCCGCUGGGGUGGGACAGCGAGGAGGUGCAACAGACUUGCAACAACAGCUCAGACCAGUUUAAACUAGGUUCCUGCCAGAUCGGCUGGGCGUAUUACUGCACAGGAGCAGGGGCGGCGGCCGCCAUGCUGCUGUGCACCUGGCUGUCCUGUUUCGCGGGGAAGAAGCAGAAGCAGUAUCCAUACUGAGCUUCAGAGAGACGAGGAGGAGGGGACGGAGAGAGACCUCGGGCAGUUUACGAUAAAAGGGAGAGGACUCUGACUCUGUGGACUCACACCAGUACAGCACAUCAGGCACCAAAGACACCAAGUCAUUAUGGUGCUCUGCACAUCAUGGGACAACUACUCAUCUGAUAACUGCAGGGACUCUUUCAUAAUGCAGUACACACACACACACACACACACACACACACACACAUACAUGGCUUUGAAAACUGGUACUUCUCUCAACAACCUGUUCUUAAAUGAAAAAUGUAUGGACCAAUCCUAUUUGUAAAAGUGUUACAUAACUAUUUCUUUCAUGAAAAAGAGUAUUCUCUGCUUUUUUUUGUCUUCUUUUUUCUUCCUUCUGUCAUUGAUGUUUAUGUGAUAGUGCGCCCUGUGAUGAACAGAAAAAAGUAAUAUUGCCUCAUUGUUACGUGAAGUGUUUUGCUCCUCCCUCUUCAUGUUUCAUUCUUGCCUUAAACACAAACUGAAAUGCAAUAAUCCCUAUAACGUACAGUAAUCCAACACUGGCUGCCUGCUUCCUCCACUCAGCCUUUUCAGAUUCCAAAAACAAAUAAAAAAUCUACGCAUAGUUUAUUUAACACAUUCAUGAGAUAUGCAUUGUGUAUGGUAAUGUAUCUUAUCAUAUUAUCACGUUUUUUUAUUCACUCGUUAUUCUUUUGUCAUUAUUUUGGUUUUGUAAAUAAAUGUUUAUUGAAAUACUGGA